AUGCCUCCAAAAUCGAGAUUCACGAGGCUCGACGCCUUUACGAAAACCGUCGAAGACGCGAGAGUCCGAACCACCUCUGGCGGCGUCGUCACCAUAGUCUCGCUGAUUGUGGUCUUGUUCCUUUCCUGGGGAGAAUGGGCCGACUACAGGAGGGUGGUCAUACAUCCAGAGUUGAUCGUGGACAAAGGAAGAGGCGAGAGAAUGGAGAUCCACCUCAACAUUAGCUUUCCUCGAGUCCCCUGUGAGCUGCUCACCCUGGAUGUCAUGGACGUCUCCGGAGAGCAGCAGCAUGGAGUCCAACACGGCGUCAAGAAGACUAGGCUGCGGCCCCAAAGCGAAGGGGGCGGUGUCAUUGAGUCGAAAGACCUGAGUCUACAUGCCGCCGACGAGGCAGCGGCUCAUCUCGACCCAACGUAUUGCGGACCCUGCUACGGAGCGAUAGCACCGUCUCAUGCGGCCAAGGCCGGGUGCUGCAAUACUUGUGAAGAGGUCAGGGAGGCAUAUGCUCAGGCGUCGUGGGCCUUCGGUAAGGGCGAGGGCGUCGAGCAGUGCGAGCGCGAGCACUACGCUGAGCGGCUGGACGAGCAGAGGCAGGAGGGCUGCCGCAUCGAAGGCGGCCUGCGCGUGAACAAAGUCAUCGGAAACUUCCACAUCGCCCCGGGCAGGAGCUUCAGCAACGGCAACAUGCACGUGCACGACCUGAAGAACUACCGCGAGACCACCACACAGCAUUCAUUUACCCACGAAAUCCACAGUCUGCGCUUCGGCCCGCAGCUUCCUGCAGACUUUGGGAAGAAGCUGGGAAACAAGAACAUGCCUUGGACGGACCACCACUCGAACCCGCUCGACGGCAUGAAGCAGGAAACGGACGCCGCCGAGUUCAACUUUAUGUACUUUAUCAAGAUCGUGCCGACUUCGUAUCUCCCUCUCGGAUGGGAAAAGAAGUACUCGGCUUACCGAGAGAACCACGCCGCCGAACUCGGCGAAUUCGGCCAGUCGCCAGACGGGACUCUUGAAACGCACCAAUAUUCCGUCACAAGCCAUAAGCGAAGCCUUUUAGGCGGCGACGACGCUGCCGAGGGUCACCAGGAGCGCGAGCACGCCCAUGGCGGCAUUCCGGGCGUUUUCUUCUCCUAUGAUAUCUCACCCAUGAAAGUCGUUAACCGAGAAGAGCGGCCCAAGUCAUUCUUGGGCUUUGUGGCCGGCCUCUGCGCCAUUGUCGGCGGCACCCUGACCGUAGCUGCGGCGGUCGAUCGUGGGUUGUUUGAGGGAACCACUCGUUUGAAGAAAAUGAGGUCGAAGGAUCUCUAA